AAUUAGUAGGUUAAGUUUUUCCCCUGAGGCUCAGCGUGUUUUGACUAUGUAAGUCCAGCCUCCUUUAACUGGUUUCUGAUCCAAAGUCUCGGGGAAGUUCAUUCUGUUGUUUAAGCCUGUUGUGCAAGUGCAGUCAACAUAUCUGCAGCCUUAGACUCCUUCCUACACCCAGAUGAAUGCAGCUGCUCCGCCUGUGGCUGUCAUCCUGCAAUCCAGCUGGUUCAGCUGGUGAAGCUCAGGAAUCUGUAGGUGUAAAGCAGGAAGGAAAGGAAGGAGACUGGAGAGCCAUGAAGCUGGAAAACAAGGGAUGAAGGUCUCGUGAUGGGGGACUCCCUGGAGACUCAGUUCCUUUGCUGAAGGUUUUGCACUCUCAAGAGGCCAGUCAGGACUCGGAAGAAACCUCAACCUGGAUUGUGGCACGCUGGAAAGAUCAGAUGUAGUUUUGGGAGCCCCUAAGUAUUCUCCCCAUAGAAUGGAGCAAAGCUGGAAUAUAAGGGCUUGACUGACUCCCUCGCUUUUCAAGCUUCGAUUUGUCUUCUGUAUUUGUGUGUUCCAACAAAUACCUUGCCAAAGGAGAGAAUGAAGGAGUUUGUUGAUGUGUACUUUUCCUUGAGAGCCUGUUUCCUGGCCCUAUGGAUUAUUCUGGUCCAGGCAAGAACGAUCGAUAUUGUGUCCAUCCCGGAGACCCCGGCCGAAGGCCAGAAUGUCACCUUCUCUGUGGAAAGAGUGCAGGGUGACAUCCAGGAGAUCAAUUGGUACCGAGGGGCGGCCUCUCAAGGAUCUUCCAGGAUCUUCAGCUUCUUUCCCGGAAACUAUCGUCCACAACGCAACGGGGUUCAAUUUACCAACAGAGAAGAUGGUUUCCACAAUGGAUCUAUGCGGAUCACUGGGCUCAAGGCCAGCGACGCUGGGCGAUACAACGUUGUGAUCCUUCUGCGGCCCAAAGAAAUCCUCAACGCCUCCAUUGAUCUUCGAUUAACUAAUACUGCACCCCCUCUGACAACGGCGACAACGGCGACAACAGCAACAAUGCUGACAAAAGCCACCACGGGGUCCCCACCCAUUAAGGAGGUUCCCAAAGGGCCUUCGCAGUUGGGCUGGAUCGUGGCCGGCGUGCUGGUUGGCAUUUUGCUGUGCGGUGCCGUCGGAGCGGCGAUGGUUUACCGGUUUGUUUUACGGAAAUCGGAACCCAGCACAGGGGCAGCAGGAAAAUUGGAUCUAGGAGUAAAAAAGUCACCUUCAUCGAAACACGAUGACAAGGAACCCAUUUAUGAGGUGUUUGAUUCCCCAGUAGGAACACCGAUGGAUCCACUCCCGCUCUCCAGCCCUCUUCCGCCUCUUCCAAGGACUUGCCCCACGUUGGACUCCAACUAUAUGGAUUUGCUCUACAGAAAUGAGUCGAUUUAUUCUGAAAUCAAGAGGUGAUGCUAUUGCUGAGAGAUCCCUGAUUCUGGGAUCAUCUCGGAUAAUGACCCAUCCGAGCAUGAAAACAAAGUACUGUCAUCCAAAUAUUUCUACCUUCCUGCGAUCCAAGAGUCUUUCUUUGCUAGACUAUGAAUACAGCAACUAACUUUAACCUAUUGUUAAAUCCGGAUUUUAUUGAACCCAAGGCUGUCUCUUGAUGGGAUGGAGUCAAACAGAAUUGGGCAGCCAGUUGGCCAUCAUUGUUCACCCAAAAGGUGGGCCACGAUUUAGAAGAUCUAAAGGGAUGGAAGAAGAAAUGGACAGGCAGGGCUGUCACUCAAUACAGACCUGACCAUGCCAUGGUUCUAAAAAUUCUGAGGACCCCAAAUAAUUCACAUACAGAGAAAAAAAAAAGCCAUGUUCUCUCCAGAUGUGUCUCCCUGUGUGUGGAUCGUGCACAGGUGUCUAGCUGACCUCAGCUUUGAGACCAGAUGGUCAGCCUAGAAGAUUGGCUCCUCCAAGACAGCCAGAACAUGGUUGAGGACAUUCCCUUGAAGAUUUCAGCAACUUUGGGUUCUUGUCUCCAAGAGGAAGCCUACUUAAUCCCAUUUUACAUCUGCAGACAUCUCCCAUCUGAUGUCCUCCUUGCUUCUCUACACCAGUGGUUCUCAACCUGUGGGUCGGGAUCCCAUUUGAGGUCGAACGACCAUUUCACAGGGGUCGCCAAACAACCCAGUCCGCCAUUUUUCCCCCCUUUUCCUUAGCUGUGCUACUUCCU